AUGAGUCAACCGCAUCAACAACAUGAGCAGCUGCAACGACGUCGUCGCCAUUGCCGUCAGCCGGUCGAGCCUUGCGACUGUUUACGUCCUGUGAUAAGAGUUUUUGGUCUGCUGACUUCAUUCGUUAUCUGCGGAGUGGGCGUUGAUGUCUACAUGCAUGGCUAUCAGGCGGGCCUCUACAUACUUUUUUCAGCUUUGCUGGUGCUGUUCAUCGAGAUAAAAUGGCUGAUAAACAUAUUCCUGCAGCUUCAGUGCGGCGAUGAUAAUUACCACAGCCGCGGCUGCUGCCUGAACUGCUGGCGUUUGUCAGCAUGGCUGGGCAGCUGGCGGCCGACGCCCAUUUAUGUCGCCAUGGGCGUGGCCUUGAUACUCUUUCCCCACAAUCUGUGGCUGAGCUAUGUGGCGGGCAUGCUUCUCCUGCUCUUGGCGCAGCUGCGUCUCUGCACGCUGCUAAGAUUCGGCGGUGGCGCUGGUCACUUCAAGGACGUGGGUCUGUUGCCACACUGCGAUUUUGAGAAAGUCUCCAGCUUCGUGGACAGCGUGGAGGAGGAUUUCGCUGAGGUCAGCGUCUCGCAGCCGGACGACGAGGACCCGCCCAUGGAAGAUGAGGUUUGCUAAUGGUUUCUAGCAUCUGUAACAGAGAUCUGUAUCUGAAAUGCUCUUGUCUUGCAUUUCCUCUUGACUGCAAAUGCAAUUUAUUUACACAUAAGUCAAACUUUAGC